AUGGUGGUCCACAAGCCCGUAGUGGGAACAGGUCUUGCAUCAUGCUGUACUGUGGUGUCAGCAGCUGGAGUAAUUGUGCUGUCCAUUUUUGGCUGGGGCUUCUCGCACAACUGGGAGACGUUCAUGGGCUCCACAGAUGACCCAGCGGACGGCUCGGCAGUGGGUAUGACGUGUUACGGCGCAGCCUUUGUAUAUCUGCUAUUUAUUCUAUUCUGUACAUGUCAAAUGGGAGUCAACCGGCGGUAUCAACGUAUCCAGAUUUAA